UUUUCUAGUAUUUAUUUAUAUGGAAUGACCAAAAAAAGUGACAAAUCACAUUCAACUCCCUCCUUUGGAUUAAGCUUUUCUCCAAAGUGUGUUGAAUGGGUUCGACAAGCAGAGUUAACCAAGAUGAUCUAUGGGAUGCUGUGGCCAACGGGAAGAUUGACACAUUGAAACAAAGAUGGACACAAGAUGUGAGUCUUCUUUAUAAAUACAAAUUGGGUUGUUUCGAUCAAAGCAUUCUCCACUUGGUUGCAAGUCACGGUUAUGUUGAAGAUGUGAAGAAUAUUCUAACUCAUGAUCUGGAGCUGGCAGAAGUUCUUGAUUCUAGGCAAUGUUCGCCUCUUCAUGUGGCGGCUGCUAAGGGACAUGUGGCUGUAUUGGAUGUGUUGCUUCCUCAUAGCCACCAUGUGGCUCGAGUCAAGACCAACCAUGGAGAAACCAUUCUGCAUCUCUGUAUCAAGCACGAUCGUCUUGAACCUCUCAAACGGCUUGUCGAAAAUAUCAAGGGUAGCGAGUUUGCAAAUCGUAAGGACGCUGAAGGAAACACCAUUCUUCAUCUUGCUGUCAUGCUUGAACAUGAACAUAUUGUGGAGUAUUUAAUUGAGAAUAAGAUUGUUGAUCUCUCUUCAAGAAAUGCAAAUGGAAAUACUCCUUUAGACAUUGCUUACAACAACAAGCGAGGGGAAGACAUGAACAAUAUAGAAAAUCUCCUUCGCAAAGCUGGAGCUGUAAAAUCGAAGCAUCUAGAUCGGGGACAAUGGCUGACCCAAAAACGAGACUCACUCAUGGUGGUAGCUUCACUAAUAGCCACAAUGGCUUUUCAAGCUGGUGUGAGUCCUCCUGGUGGUGUUUGGCAAGAUAAUUCACCUUUGCAUAGGGCAGGGGAGGCCGUAAUGUCCUACAACUAUGAAGACUCUUACCCGUUCUUCCUUCGGUUCAAUACGAUUGGAUUUGUUGGUUCACUAAGCACGAUUCUGUUGUUAAUCACUGGCUUGCCAUUUAGGAAGAAGUUCAUGAUGUGGCUCUUAGUUUUGAUCAUGUGGGUGACCAUUUCAGCUAUGGCGGUUACUUAUGCAUUCGCUAUUACUGUGGUGACCCCGAAGAAAAGCAGGGGACCUCUUACUAACACGAUUGUGGUUGGUGUGAUUGUGUGGGGAGGGGUUAUGUUUUUGCUCCUUUUAUGGCAUAGUCUUGUUUUACUAAACAAGGGGUUCCAUCGUAACAAGAUUCAUCCUUGUCCUAAUUUCUUUAGCAAAUUCUUUCGACUAUGCAGUGGGCCGUCGCCAGAACAACUUUCUGGGCGCCACAUUUAAUCAUUAGUUUAAGGGUAUUUUAAUGUUUUGAGAUUUGUUAUUAAAAUUGAUUUUGAAAAUUCUUAUUUUACCUGUUUGUUUAUUAAGAAUUUUAAAUUUAUUUUAUUUUCAGUCUUGGUUCGGUCAAUUACUAUUCUAAUAUUGUUAUUUUUGCACUACAAAAUUAAAUAAAGCCAGUAUUAUUAUUA